AUGGCUGGAAAGCCCUCCUACCGCAUUGCAUCGAUCCCUGGUGACGGGAUAGGCUUGGAAGUGGUCAGUGCGACCAUCGAAGUAGUCAACAAACUCGCGCAAACCCUCGGUACCUUCGACAUUGAAUUCGAGCACACCUCAUGGGGGACGGAAUACUACAAGCAGCACGGUCGCUAUGUGUCCGAGGACGCCCUGGACGUUCUGCGGAGAUUUGACGCAGGUUUGUUCGGAUCCGUAGGACACCCAGCCAACCCCUUGGAUGUCCCUGAUCAUGUCUCCCUCUGGGGCCUUCUCUUGGCCAUCCGUGGCCCCCUGCAGCUCUAUGCCAACGUACGUCCGGUGCGCACUUUUCCGGGCACCAAAUCGCAUCUAGCCACCGCAAUUGAAGGAAUCGACUGGAUGCUUGCUCGGGAGAAUUCGGAAGGCGAAUACUGUGGUCAAGGUGGGAUCAAUCAUAUCAAUCAGCCAUGGGAGACUGCGACGGAAGUCGCGAUCUUCACGCGAGUCGCCAUCGAGAGAAUCAUGCGGUUUGCCUUUGAGACCGCAUGCUCGAGGCCGCGUCGCCAUCUCACCGUGGUGACCAGAAGUAACGCCAUGCGAUACGGUAUGGUCCUCUGGGACAGGAUCGCAGAGGAGGUAUCCAAGGAGUUCCCCGACGUGACCUGGGGCAAAAUGUUGGUGGAUGCCAUGACCAUCCGUAUGGUAAACAAGCCGCAGUCUUUAGACACCAUCGUGGGCACAAACUUGCACAUGGAUAUCCUGUCGGACCUCGCUGCUGGGCUCGCCGGUUCGAUUGGCGUGGCUCCUUCGGCAAACCUGGAUCCUACGCGUAAAAAUCCUUCGAUCUUUGAGCCGGUACACGGAAGUGCCUUCGAUAUUAUGGGUAAAGGGAUCGCCAACCCAGUGGCUACUUUCUGGUCUGCUGCAGAGAUGCUGCAAUGGCUGGGUGAGAAGGAGGCUGCUAAGAAGUUAAUGGACUGUGUUGAGAAAGUGUGCGCGGCUGGAAUCUUGACGGCAGAUCUUGGAGGCACUGUCAACACUCGAGGCGUUGUCGAUGCAAUUAAGAAGGAGAUUGAACAAUUGGCGGCCAAUCAAGCUUAAAUCUGAUAUAUUGUCAACUUAUGUCAACU